AUCAAUUUAGUGUUUAGGAGUUGGAAUUUAAUUUAUGUAAUAGGAAUUGAAUCUCAUUUACUUACAAUUUCUAAACUGAUUUGAUUCCCUUUACUAUCUCAAUAUGAGAAUCCAGCAAUACGGUCACAACUGUGAUCUGUUACUGUAGAGUUGCUAACUAAAACCUGUGUCCAAACUCUAGAAGGUCACACACACAAUGUUUCUGCUGUAUGUUUCCAUCCCAAGCUUCCAAUAAUAAUGACAGGUUCAGAAGAUGGUACUGUCCGUAUAUGGCAUUCAACCACUUACAUACUUGAGAACACCUUGAACUAUGGACUUGAAAGGGUUUGGGCUGUUGGAUACAUGAAAGGUUCACAUCGGAUUGUUAUUGGCUAUGAUGAAGGAACCAUAAUGGUGAAAAUUGGACGUGAAGAGCCUGUAGCCAGCAUGGACAAUAGUGGAAAAAUUAUAUGGGCUAAACAUAAUGAAAUUCAAACUAUUAACAUCAAGAGUGUGGGAGCUGAUCAUGAGGUUUCUGAUGGAGAGAGGCUGCCUUUAGCAGUUAAAGAACUGGGAACAUGUGAUCUUUAUCCACAAAGCUUGAAGCACAACCCAAAUAGGAGAAAGUAUCACCCGAAAAACGAUGGGUCAAAGGUUUCAUUUUUUAGUGAUGAUGAAGAGACUACCAGCACACCAAAAGCAGAUGCUCUUUUUAUUCCAAGGGAGAAUCCAAGAGCUCUGGUUAUUCUCCCUCUUAAACAAUGGCCUGGCAAAUCAUCUGCUGAAAAAUUAAAAAACGGAUCUUCUCCAGCACAAACAAACGGUGAUUACACUGGGUUUGCUUCUUCCCCUCCUUUAAAUGGCCGCUCUAUGGAAAACGGAAUCCAUUCUGAAAACGGAACCCUAAAGGAACAAACACCAAUCAAAACCCCCCAAAAACAAAACGGAGGAUGUGAUGGUGGCGAGAUGGAAGAUGGCUUUGAGUUUAUCGUUAAAAACAAAGGCAUCAACACUGAGGUGGCUUACCCAUAUCAGGCAACAGAUGGAACCUGCAACACCAAGGAAGAAGCUGUCCAUGCUGCCACCAUUACUGGGUAUGAAAAAGUGCCAGCCAACAGUGAAUCCGCAUUGUUACACGCAGUCGCUAAUCAACCCGUAUCAGUUGUCAUUGAUGCCAGUGGCAUGGGUUUCCAGUUCUAUUCAGGUGGCGUGUUUACUGGGGAUUUUGGAACUGAUCUUGACCAUGGUGUUACAAGCUUGUUGAAUCAAAUGGAGUUAUAUGUGGUUGUGUAUAUACUUGCAAUCUUAGGCUUGGAUAGUCUACAAGGAAUCAUGUUGGAUCAAGGCAGCUGUAUUGAUACCUGUUGUACUUUUUGCAGGAAGUUCUUUAAGUUUUCACCAGAAGAAUCAUCAAAGGAUCCAUUAUAUCUUUUGAGGGACAUGUCCAAUAACGAUAACAAAAACUAA